CCUCUCCAAGCGGGGAAUCUAAACAUAUCAAAGACCUUACAGGACUGGAGUUGUAGCAGUGGGUGUUCACCAUCUUCUCAUUGUCGGUUGCCACGCUGUACAAACGUUGUGUUUCCCAAUGCUUUUAGUGGCUCAGGGAAGGUCCAAGUUCACGUGACGAUAAGCCAUGGGGAGAAGUUCUCACGUGUCCAUUCACCCUCAGCUGUGUGGGUUCAGUCCGUUACUUCACGUGGUUUUGAGGUGUGUACACGUGAGUCAGGCAUAGGAUCAAAUGGAACAGGAAUUGUCAACUGGUUGGCUUUCCAAGAUCAUCCACAAAUGACGCAUGGUAGCAAUACUUUUAGUGGAAUAUGGACAACAGAAACGAAAUGCGACAAGAUCACUUUCUCUCAGAGCUUUGUUGGAACACCUCACGUGUUUGUGUCAGCAAAAUACACACGAGACACAAAGCCAGAUGACGCCAUGUAUGUUUGGUUAGAAAAUGUCAGUUCCGGAAGUUUCGAGGUUUGCAUCCGGGAAUUCUUGCCAUUUGAAGGGAGACAUCAAGACACAGUUGUGGACUGGUUUGCAUUCACUGGUAAUGGUUCUGAUUUCAACUUUUCGAGGGCAGGUGAAAUGAAUUUUCGAAAUAGUGGCAUCCCUAAAGCUGAAAAUAAUUAUGGUUUCUGCCAGAAAGUGAACUUUAACACCACCUUUUACGCAUCACCAAUCGUCCUUAUUUCUGUGCGUCAUUUUUACAACCCUCAAGUCAGCGGGAAGAGUUCCAUUUCCCCAGAAAAUAAUAUUGUUACAGCAUGGGUCGAGGAAGUCGGACUAACAUCGAUGACGAUUUGUGUUAAAGACUUAAGCGGAGCCGGGAGCAAACAUGAUCCACUUUCCGUGAGCUAUAUAGUGAUUGGAG